CUUCCCAAUAUCCUGUAUCCAGGCAAUAAAUAACAAUUGAAAGAGUUUUUGAUUCAAUAUAUUUCGAUUAUUCAUAUUAAUCAAGUGAUUCAGUGAAGUCGAAAAAAUGUCCUCGUGCUGCACGCUGUCAUCGGAAAGUGAAGAAUCCGAAGAGGUCAUAGUAACAAAACAGGAAAUCGACUACAGUCAUGUUCAACCUGAACAAGAUGAUUUGGGGGUACUACCCGAAGACCAUCCACUUUUGGAGCGGUUCCAACAGUCCCUUAAAGCCCAUCUUCUUCGUGUGCGCGACCAGCUCGUCACGGAAAUUAAGGACCUCGAUUAUAACAUCAAACUAAAGGAACAAGAGCGCGAGGACAUCGGCUGCAAGCUCUAUGAUUACCAACAAGAAAUCCGUCAGCAAAAUGAAACCCUUCAGGACUACGAGAAGCAAUUAAAGGAGGCGACUGAAAAACGUCUGAAGCACGAAAAAAAUGUUGAAAAAUCGAAGAAGGAAUACGAGAAUAAGCUUCUCAUGUAUAAGGAUCAGAAGAGGUUCCACAAUCAACGUUUGCUGGAACUGAACAGCCUGCAAGUACUUGAAGGCAACAUUGAAAAAUGGGCGAGUGAAGUCGACAAUGAAGUUCAAGCUGCAAAACGUGCAGUAAAUAAGGACUGGCAGGAUCAAAAGGCAAUCUCUGAGGAGAAGAAAAAAAUUGAUUUGCUCGUCUUUAAUUUGGACGAUGAGAUUCGCAAACGUGAACAGGAGCUAAAUGGAGUCAAUGAACAAAUUCGAGAGCAGCGCUGCGUAUUGGAAUCAUUGAAUAAAGACUUGAGUAAUGCCGCAACUGAUUUGGAGGUUUUGCAACAGGAGCACAAAAGAUUAACACAAGCAUGGAGUGAGGUCAUUAUAGCGAUUCAGCAAAGAGAUAAGUUACUAUUCCAAAUAAAAGAUGACCUAACGAAGGAGUAUAAUGACCACAAGUUGUUGAAGGCAAGUAUUGAAGCAACAAAGAAGGAAUGUAAUAAGGAAAUGGAGCAGAAUGAACGGCUGGUGAGCUUCAAAACCCAUAUUGAAGAAGACAUUGCUUCCAUCGAGAAACAGAUUCAAAAGGAGCUUAAGGACAUCAAUAAGCAUAACACAAAACUCGAAAAAACAGCCCAACUCGUAGCUCAAGCGGAAGAAGAUAUAAAUGCAUCAAAAGCCGAAGGAAAUGCCUUAGAAGUGCAGAUACGAUCUGUCCGCUUGCAACUCGACAAACUAAAUCGGAAAAAGGUUGAUGUUGAGGAAAAGAUACUCCAACUGGCACAAGAGCAAAUUACAACAGACAAAGCAAGCGAACAUCGUAUGAAGAUGCUCCGUGAUGUACAAGGUCAAAGACGGAGUAUGGAAGUAGCCAUUACUCAAGCUGAGAAUAAUUUAUCAAAUGCUAUGCUGGAGCUGGAACGUAUGCGCGGAGUUGUAGGAAAACUGAAAGAAGAUGCUGAAAAAAUCGAGGAAGAUCGCCAAUUGGCCCAAGCGGAAGCAGAUAAGCUAAAUGACGAGGUUAAAGCAGUAGAUUUCUCAACUAACGUGAAAGUAAAACAAGUCGACCAGCUAACUAAGAAGUGGAUGAAUUUGGUUCAGGCACAGGGAGGUGGAGAUGAGUGUCCUUUUGAGGUCCAGAUUAAAGCCUUGGAGAGAAACAUCCAUCAAACUGAAAACCAAAUUAGAGAACAGCAAAAUUUCUGGUUACUGCUCCAAGGACAUGUGGUUCACUUGACUGAAAAACGUUCGGCCCAAAUGAAUGAUAUACAGCUUGCAAGGAAACAAUUAUUGAUUAUCGAACAAAAGACUUUAAAGGUCGAUAAAGAACUGGAAGUUGCACAAGCCCUAGAGAAAGAUACAUCGAAAAAUAUUCAAAAUAUGAACACAAAAUUAGACCUCUUAGGAGCUAAGUUAUUUAAAACGAAACAAACCCACGCAAAGGAUGUCUUAGAAUCCCAACAUAUUCGCUUAGAACUCCUAGAUAAAUUUCGAGAUACCGAAAUGUCCGUUUUAUCACUAGAACAAGAAAUUGUAGAUUUAACCAAAGAAAUCGAGCAACACAAAGAAAUAGUCCUCGAAAUGCACCGUGAGGCUCUGUCCUGGGAAACAAAAUACAAAAUGGCAGAAGAAAUGAAUCGUAUCCGUAGCGAGGAAAAGGCCAACGAUGGUGAAAUUGGAUCCAUGCGUACGGAAAUUCAUCGUAUGCAAGUUCGUUAUAAUCAGCUUAGACGAGCCCAAGAAAAACUCAUCCAAGAUUUGGAGCACUGCGUGAUGCAUCGCGAGCAGAUUUUCUUCCAGGCUAUGCGACGCGAAAGGACUGAAGCAGGAGCAGCUCGAAGUCACCCCAACGUUCAGCAUAAAUUAAACGAAAUCAAAAAUAAAAUUAAACAAGCCCAAACUGAAAUUACCAAGACCGAAGCGAAAUGCGCUAAUCUAACCUCGGAAUUUGCAAAAGCCUCAGAGCUAUUGGCUUCCUUACAAGGACAAAUUGACAAUGAAAAGUUACAGGACACACUAACCCAAGCUGAAAUCGAGCAGGGAAUGUUGGACAAGCAUCAGAACCUUGAGACUAUCGUGAGAAAACAGCAUCGAGCCAAAAGAUACAGAGCGCUUGUGGGUAUGAAAAAUUUUCCAAAGUGUCGUAGUGAUAUCAUUACUGAGAUGAGUUCCACGAAGCAGAGAGAGAUCAACUGUAAUCUCACGGAUGUUAUCCAUAGUUUGCUGAAUGAUUUUCCGGAUAAAAAAUACUACUUGAUGAGGAUUCUACAGACCUUGAAGGCAGAUUAAGCUUCCUAAGAUUUAUUUAAACGCAUAUUUGUGAUUAUUUUGAUUAUAGCGUGUAGUGUUUGAUUGUGUAAUUUAAUUGAGGUUU